UCCCACAGCCAGCUCACCCACUCAACAUGCGUCAGUUCUCCGUUGUCCUUUGCCUGUGCCUCGCCGUUUUGGCCAGAGCCGACAAACUAGGCUACAACUACCAGCCCGUGGCUCAUUCCGCUUCGGGAUUGAGCUUCCAGCCAUCUGGAUCUGCCAGCAGUGAUGCCCCAGCCUUCUCUGCUGGACCCAGUGGGUCUUUUGCCGCCGGUCCAUCAUCUAUUGCCGACUCUCUGGAAGGAUCCCAGUCUGCUGCUGCUCCCAACUACGCUGCUCCUCAAGCCCAACUGGAGAAGGAAUUCUUCACCUACACCGCCGAUGAGGGUGACUUCAACGAUCCAGCUGCCUCUGACCAGGUUGCCAACGCUGUGAACAAGGCUCUCCGCGUGGUCUUCAUUAAGGGACCCGAGAACCGUGGACUGGAGGAUGCCGCUCUGGCUCUGGCCAAGCAGGCUGCCCAGCAGGAAACCGCCAUCUAUGUCCUGAACAAGCAGGCCGACAUUGGAGAUCUGGCCAACAAGCUGAACGCCAUCCGCAACAACAACAACAACAAGCCCGAGGUGCACUUCGUCAAGUACAGGACUCAGGAGGAUGCUGCAAACGCCCAGCGCGCCAUCCAGGGACAGUACGACCAGCUCGGAGGAUCCAGCCAAUCCCAAAACGGUGGUGUUGCAUCCACCCUAAACUUUGCCUCCCAGCCUGCUCCUGCCCAGGCUGCCAGCAGUCAGGCGCCCGCCCAGUUCCUGCCCGCCGCCCUGCCCGAGGCCACUGCCCCCAUCUCCUCUUAUGUACCCCCUGCCACUCCAGGAAGCUCUUACCUGCCCGCCAACAUUCUGCGCCGCCUGCGGUUCUAA